AGUAUAAUGAUCCUUUGGCGUUGAGGCAAUGCACUGCGUUCCAACUCGUUGUUAGGAUCUAGCCCUGUGGGGAACAAUCAAUCUUCUACACUCACCCGGCGGGUGUCCCGUCAGGAGGAUAUUAUGCACUGGCCCGACGCAGGACACGCUCCAGCCGACGACCGCAAAGGCAAAGGUCAGCGUGAGCCAGCCCCAGGCCACGAGAAUCCAGAUGCGAGGCCACGGAAGACCACCCCAGACACGUUGGAUGAAGAGAAGCACGACUGCUUUCUGACCCCAGAAACUAAAAGCAGGCACACAGAUCAGAGAGGUAUAUCUAGAAGGUGCUUGUGGGGGAAGGCAUACUAGAUGAAAUACCCCCACAGCCGAGUACCCAUUACCGCUCCCGCCAUCGCGGCGACGACGC